AUCCGUUGCAUCUCGUUCUCCCAACAGGUAUCUGCGUGUCGGUCGAACAGUAGCAAAUAUGGACCCUAACGAAACCGUUCUGGUUGGAUGUAUCGGUGGUAGCGGGUUGUAUCAUUUGGACAAUCUGACUUUCGUCAAAAAGCUUCACAUCAAAACUCCCUGGGGAGAACCUUCUUCCCCAAUCACAAUCUCCAAACUUCCUUCAGGAGCUCUUAUCGCUUUCAUCUCACGUCAUGGUCCAGCUCACACCAUCACCCCUACCGAAGUACCCGGUAGAGCCAACAUCGCCGCUCUCAAACAUAUAGGAGUCCAAGCCAUUGUCGCUUUCUCCGCUGUGGGUAGUUUGAGGGAAGAAAUUGCCCCCGGAGAUUUCGUGAUGCCUUCUCAAAUCAUCGAUCGCACAAAAGGUAUCCGAGAAGAUACAUUCUUCCGUGGUGAGGGUGUCGUCGUUCAUAGCAUGUUCGGAGAUCCCUUCAGUAACAAAUUGAUCGACCUCAUAGCUCCCUUGGUCGAGAAUGUUUUGGAGGGAAAGGAAAGAGCUCCAAAGUUACAUACUGGUAAAACUGUCGUUUGUAUGGAAGGACCUGCUUUUUCCACGAGGGCAGAAUCUACCAUGUAUCGUCAAUGGGGAGGUGACAUCAUUAACAUGUCUGUCAUUCCUGAGGCUAAACUCGCUCGCGAGGCAGAGAUCGAUUACGCUCUUAUCUGCACAUCGACAGACUACGAUGCUUGGCGUGUUGGAGAAGCCCCAGUGACUGUGGAAGAAGUCAUCAAGACGUUACAUACCAACGCGGAAUACGCACGUUUGGUCGCGGAAGGUUUACUUCAACAAGUAUACGAUGCUGUUGCUGGUGGCAAGUUGGAUGAGAUAAAAGGUUGCAUGAGAUUUGCAUGUGUCACUAGGAAAGAUGUGAGUUUGUUUCUCUACUUCUCUGAUCCAGUCGAAACGUUCAAUGACUGA